AUGCCGCCAAUGGGCGAAUACGACGCCGCCCCGCCACCGUAUACCUCGCACUCCAUCACCGCAGCCGCUGCAGAUGAUUCCAUUCUCGACAGGUGUGAAUGGAGCAGUGCGAAGAACCUGGAACUGCCCACUGCAACGCAGUUACAAUACGUUCCACCUCGCACGAGACAGCAAGAUCGCGGUCCGCAAGAUGCUGAGCCACUACCGUACUGGGACAACUCCAGUCCAUUCGUACUCAAUCUCAUCGGGGAGCCAGCAUUAACCAGAGAGAUGGUCAAGACGGACUGGCUUCACAGCCUCUCCCUGACCGCCAUUAUGCACCGCAGCGUCCUGAAGUACCACCGCUCGCUGUGCCCACCCUCAACGUCGACCUCGCCUAGCACACGCACCAGCUCACCGCAAAACCCUACUACAAAUAUAUUCUCUCUGAAAUAA